UGGACAAAAUUUAUCAGCGAUUUCGGAAAAAUGUGAUAUCGGCACCUUACGGCUUCCUUCCGAUCCAUCUUGGCCUAAGAUACCUCCACGUCGCUUAUCCGACAAUACCGAUGACAUUAUCAAACCUCCAUAUAUGAUCACUGUGACUGGAACUCCUAGAAAAAGUCGCAGUACAGUGCAAACUAUUCCGUAUAAACAUGCCAAACCGGUUUGCUGCCAAAAAUAUGAAGUCCCCACACACAUACCGAGAAAAUUAUCUAGUUAUAAUGAUCCGCGUUUUAAAAGACAGAUAUCGCGAGAUAAGGCUGAGAAACCAGAUGAAGCGUGUAACAUGAAGAAUGACAAACAAAUGUCAGAAUCAGAUACACAUAAUCAGCAGGAAAAUAAAAAAUUUGAAGAUAACUUGCAGAAAAUAGAUAAAAAUGUGAACAACUGUACAUCUCUGCUCCAUCAUGAUGUAGAUAAGUUAUCAGAGAGUGUGGUAAAAUUGAUGAAGAAAACCACUGAUUGUCUCACUAAGGAGCAAUCUAUUUCAGAAACAAAUCGUGUAGCAGCUAAUCAAUAUGUGAUUGAUGAGCGAUGUGACAUUGAAAGUCGAUUCUGUCAACAAAAACAAGAAGCUAAUAAGCCGCUGCUUUUAAUGGUUGAUGAGAAAAAGAUACACGCUUUGCCUAUCAAUACUCUCAACAUAGAAGCUACUCCCGCACAGCCACUGCAAUGUUAUAGCGUACAAAUUCCUGUAGUGACCUACUGCAAUGUACCUUUACAAAUACCGAAUAUUUCCACACAAAUUCCGGAGAAUGUUAAAAUACCAGAAUGUCAAAGCGAUAAUGUGAAGAGACGAGAAACUGUCGAGAAUACGUGCGCAGUGUCGAAUACAUUGACCAAUUCAACGUGUAACUCCAAGGAAUCUAGAGAUAAAGAAUAUCUUAGUAGUAAUGAAUUGUUCGAUAAUGUGUAUCUCAUUCGUGAGAUGAAGAUAACUGAAAUGUUAUCGUUUUUAGGUAUUCAGCAGCGUAAUGUGAUGAACAGCGAUGAUAACAAAAAUAUUUCACAUUGUAACGAACGCAUUACCGAUCAAGAGAACAUAUUGAACAGAAAUACCGUAAACGAAGUGUCCAGGAAUCAUACAAAUUUUAAUACAACAAAUAACAUGGACGAUAUGAAGAAUGAUGAAAACUCGUCGAAUCUAAAUGCUGCUGAAAGAUUGAACAUUGUCGGCGGAAAAGAAUGCAAUACAAACUCGUGUGUCGACGAUUGCAUCGAACGGAAAAGAUCGAGUGAAAAGAGUUUGGCACAUUCGAGGAACCAAAGAAUCGUAAAAGACGAGCGAAUCAAUACGAAUGAAUCUUCGAUGAAUGUAACAGAUAAAACGCUGCAGAAAAAUAUACAAAGCUUAGCAUUUGGCGAAGUUAAAGGUAAGGGUGAAAGAAAUAACGAAAGUAAGGAGAAACACGAGGAGCUGUGCGGCAGCUUGAAGCAUAAAACGGCAUCCAUGAAUCUGUCGAGGAAGGCAAAGUCGUUCUUUCGGAAGAAAUCCCGUUUGGCGAUUGUAGAUUCCAAUUGCACUCUGAUACUUCCCGGUCCACGUCGCAUUCGAGGUAAACAGUACGAAAAGACAUGCGGUCGUUUAAAGGUAAGUCAGUUAUUAAAUAGAAGAAGCAGAAUAACCAGCACGAAUUCUAUACGAAUCAAGUUCUACGCGCUGAAACAGGGUCGAAUAAACUCUCGUUCGUUGACGAAUCUGCCAGCGGAUAACUCAUUCGAUAGACUAUCGUCCAUUCCAUUAGAGACUCAGGAACUGCUGAACAAAAAUUAUUGGGAGUAUUACAGGAAACUCAAGCGUAAGCUCGUGCUGACUAAGCCGGACACCGCGGGCGAACAUGCAAACAAACUGCAGAAUCGUUCGCCCGAAUCUCAAACGUUGCAACAAUGCUCCCUGCUUUCGUGCAUGAUCAAUACGACGCUUCGAGAUUCAACGACUGUCGAUAAGAAAUCGCUUUCUGAUCCGGCGACGAAUGUAGCGUCCAAUGUGCGCGAAAACAUUUUCGGAUUGUCGUCUGCGAAGAAACGAAAAAGGACGAAGCAGACGAGCAAACGACCGCUCGAACUUAAAACUAUAGCGCUGCUUGGUAUCACGAUGUACGUUGCGAUCAUAUUUCUGCCCAUAAUGUACGACUAUUUCUUUGACGAGGAACACGACGAUUACGAGAACAUGAGUUACCUCGAGCUGACGCUGCAGUACGUCACGGCGUCAUUCGGGGAAGCCUUCGGCGGCAUUGUCGAGGUCCUGAAUACAGUAUUUCUACGCCCAGUAAGAUUUGACCGAAAGCUGUAACUUCUCUCUCGCUUAUUUGAAAACUCGCUAAAUUUCGUAGAAACUUGCGCUCUGCAUUAUGUGUUAAUCCGUGAAAAUCACGCGUCAAGCGUUCUGCAGUUUUGUGUCAUUUUCAGUGUUCGUGUGGGAAAUGUAAUGACGUUAUUUGAAUGCAUAUCCGCGAGUUAACGCCACUCUACAUGUCUCGCUACUUGUUCCUAUUCACACGCGCGCUUAUACCCCAUCUAUGUUUUGUGUGAGUUAUGUCUCUUCUAUAUACAUCGAAUUCUUUAUAUUUUCUAAUGAUAUUUCAUACACACGCAUAUUGUAUACGUGAUGUGAAUGUUUAUAUACGAUUAUAUAUUUGCGAUUAAACUUUCUUUGGGAUUUAAAUCAAACAUUAGCUCUUGUCUUCUUCAUAGUCUUGUGUUCACUGAUUUUAAUGUAAAUAAUGCAAAGUAGAACAGAAGAUAGUAAACCGUGUAAUUUCGAUAUAUUGCAGAAAGAUAAUUAUAAUUGGAAAUGAUUAAGAACAUUUUAGAGCAAAGAAGAGAUUUAUUUUACGUAUGAAAAUACUAAAAUCGAAUAUAUUUAACACU